CUACUACCAUCCAAGCUAUCUAUUUAAAAUUAAUCAGAAUCAUACACGGAAUAUUUUAGAGCACAAACAAUAGAAAACGAAAUGAAAUUUAAAAAGUUUGCCAUUAUCUUUUUUGCUAUUCUGUUGCUACUAAUUUGGUGCACUCAUGUGUUUCCGGGGAAGAACGAAGACCCCGAGAAGGAGGUUCAACUUCCUGUACUUGUAAAGGAAGUAGUGGAACAGCCAAUUCUCGUUAAAUACGUAACUCGAGAUUUUCAGGAAGAGAAAAUGUUCCAAUUUCAUCAACGGCUUUUGGCUCUAAUAGCGACCUCUAGGCCGCCCAGAAAGCCCUUUCCAGCUAAAGUGGCCCAUUAUGUGGAAAAGUCGAUAUAUGAUUUGAGCGAAAGAACAAAUCGACGAUUGAUGACCGAUCCAACUGACAGAUUCUUUGUGAACGACAAAAAGUGCCAAAUACCAUUUGCAGAUCCUUUCUCCCCGGCUGUAAUGGAAAUCCUUCAACAUGUAGAGUUAAAGAAGUGCAGCAAUGAAUCGGGUAUUAUAUCGCUAAGAUAUGAUCAAAAACUAAAGAGAUAUAGGGUUCACGUUAACACCGUUUUGAUGGUGAAAAUAGCUCCAAAUAUUACAAAGUUCAGCUGCCACUAUCGAGAGUUUGUUAACAAUAAUGGGGAUCCAUAUUUCACUGUUUCUCAAAGGAGUUUCCAGCAGGAUGCUCUCCUGAAACCCAACAUUAGCGGCAUCUUAGUGGAAUGUCACGAUGCGAGAAACAAUGAGAAUAUUGUGCAGCAGAAUGCCUUUCCUCUGGUCCAGGUUUUCAACAAGAGCACUCGUAUUAAAAGCCAUCCUCUGGAUAGGCAACCCAGUGUGAUAAUCCUGGGAUUGGAGAGUCUGUCGAGAAUGAAUUUCCAACGGACUAUGCCGAAAACGGCGGAAUUUGUGCGAAAACCAAACUGGUUUGAAAUGCAGGGCUACAACAAGGUAGGGUAUUCUACGGCCGAAAACCUCUGUGCCGUAUUUGCUGGAACGAAGAGAAAAGAGGAGUGUAUCGAGCGGUUACCAUUGAUUUGGAAGGAGUACAGAAUGGCUGGAUACUCUACGGCCUUUGGGGAGGACACCACUGAAGCAUCAUUUCCCUUCGAGAUACCCGCCGAAUUUGAACUUCAAUCUCUGCUUUCAGCCCUAUCCACGUUCAUGAACAUAGUUUAUAGAUUUGGCAUUAAAUAUUGUGUUGGCAGACAUCUGAUUUUUGACCACCUGUCCAACUUUUGCCUUCAGUUCACACAAAGAUUAGUCCCAGAACUGGAUCAGCCAGCGUUCGGACUAUUUUGGAGCUCUUCCUUCACCCGGGAAUACCACUUUGCGUCCACCAGUCUGGACAAUCGGUUCGUAAAGCAUUUGGAGCUGAUGGAAAAGAACCAGGUAUUCGACGACUCAAUUGUGAUACUGGUGAGUGAUCAGGGAUAUCAAACAGGAGAGCUGGCCCGUUUGCCUGAUGGCUUCCUGGAGCAGCGUCUGCCCUUGCUGCACAUCCAUUUGCCGGUCUGGUUCCAGAUGGCCUAUGAGAACUUUACGGCAAAUAUGAAGAUGAACCGCGAACGCCUCACUUCGCCCUACGAUCUGCACAUGACCCUGCGACACAUCCUGCAACUGAAUGCCACCACCCACGAGGAGCUAGUCAAACAGCCAUCGGACAUGGAGCUCUGCAAUUCAAGUAGGUCAUUGUUCCAUCCAUUUCCCAAGGAUCGGGGCUGCGAGGAGGCCUGCAUUGAGCCACACUUCUGCACCUGCCGUGAAUUCGUUCCUCUGCCCCACGAUCGAAUCGCCUUCGAUUUGGCGAGGAGAUUCUUGUUCCACACGAACUCGUAUAUGCUGAUAAAGGGCCUGAACCAAUUCUGCCAGAGACUGUUGGUCUCGGGCAUCGACUAUUUCGAGCGAAAGUUGGGGCCUGAGACCAAAAACGGCAUUAGUACCUUCCGCAUAGGGAUUAAGACGGAUCCGGAAACUGGAGUAUACGAGGCCACUGUUCGAUUUAACGUCCAUACGUCCCAAAUGGGCAGGGUCAAAUGGGAGGACGUGAGUGCCCUGCACAACAUCAAGAACCAAUCGCAGUGUAUCGACCACGAAAUUGGCAAAAAGUUCUGUUUCUGCUACCCAAAGAACUUGGACGAGGAAAUGAUCCAUUGGAAAAACAUGACAGCAAAAAUAAUGGAGAAAGAUGAAACAAGAUAGGAUUGUGACUCUUUUAAAAUUCACUUCUAAAAAUGUAACAGUUCUGCCAUUAAAGUGAU